AUGAAGCUGAAGUGGUUGGUUUAUGUUUACCUGAGCCUGAAGGGGGUGAAGUUCAACAACCUGAGAAACAGUGACCAGGGUACUGAGGGUGAUAGUAAGGGGGAGAGAGAACAAAAUAGUACUGGUAAUCAGGGUAGAGAUAAGAGAAAAAGAAUAGCAACGGUAGAUGAUGAAACUAUACCCCAAUAUGUGCCACCAUCACAUAACCCUUUAGAAGAUGCCCAAGAUUCUGAGUAUUAUGAUUCAGAAAAUCCCCUUACAGUUGAAGAAGAAUUGCAGAACGAAGAAGGGAAUGAAGUCCAAUCAAAAUACAAUGACAAAUACCAUAGAUGCAACUCUCAAUUCACCUUAUGGAUUGUUAGUCAGAAGUGGUUAGAAUGGAAGUUUGAAGAGAAUGUGAGACAACAUCCUACUAUUGGUUAUUCAAAGUUGAGUAGGGGGGUCAUUAAAGAUGAGUUCUUCAUUAAUACCACAUCCACUCUAGCGGUCUUAGCUCUCGCCAUUCUCCUCCGCUCUCAUCCGGGAAAACCGCCCUCCACCGCCACAACCACAAACCCUAGUCUCGCCGGUUCUAUGCUUCCAGGUGCGGAGUUUAUAACCUCAACCACUCUAGCUCUGGAAUUCCAGGUGUUUUCUGCAUUUUGCGUUCUCUUAAGACGCUGCAUUUCCGAAUUUCAGCCGAUGACAUUUUCUCAGGAUAUGAACUUUUCCAUUUGGGAUUGCCCAUACAGCCAAGAUGAAACCUGCUUUGUGGCGAAUAGUUGGCCUAAUGACUUGUACCUCAAUCCUCAACACGAUGUCAUCGAGGAAGAUGCAUUAAAUGAGAAAUCUUGUAUUCAAGUACUAAAGGUGUUGAUUGCAAAAGCUGACAGAGAGAUACUUGAAAUUGAAGAAGAAAAAGUGAUGUUGCAAAGUGAACUGGCCUUGGCUGGUGAGAAGUGGCAUGCAAUGUGCUUUACCACUUUAAUUCAGAAGAUCACUUGCCUUGACAAAUUAAUACAGGAUUUGAAGAAUGCAAAUGUGAAUGGUGUGCUUCAUUUAGGAAAUGAGCAAAUGCAUCCAAAACCUGCUGAAAGAAUACAUGAAGUAUUAAGUGCUCUGUUACAAGAUCACUUUUCCCAAAGUGAUGAGCAGAAUGAAGUGUCCCUGGCAGAUCAUAACCGUCCUUGUUCAAAUGUUCAGAAAGUGGCAAGCACCCAGCCCAUGGAGAAGAAUUUGAACGGUUCAACUUCUAAUAUAGUAUGUGGGAUAUCUGUUACAGCUGAAAGGACUCUUAAUUCUCUAUCUUCAGGAUCUCGAAUAACAGUGGAUGAGGAGGUUACAAAUGCUAUCUCAAAAGAUUCAGCUGCAGAGCCUUUGGAAGAUUUCUGUGAGGAUAAAGUUGAAGAGCUGAGUAACACACAUGAAUGCAUAGGCUCGAGUACAACUGAAGAAGUGAAAGGAGUUGAUUUGUCAGAAACAUCUAAGUUUCAGGGAUCCAAAGUACGAGUAGAUAUAAAACAAGAAGUGAAAGACUUCAGCAGGAAGCAGAAGAACAAGGAGGUGGCGACCGCUCAGAAUAUCGAAAAAGAAACCAAAAGUCAAUUGUUGGAGACAAAAAUGGUCAGCAUAGAAUCUCCUUGGGGAGUAAAGGGAAAAGGGGCUCUGCUCAGCGAAGUUGAUCAGAGUGUUGGGGGGUCAUUGUUGGCUCUGUUCAACCAGAAGGAUAAGAAUGAGAGAAAAACACAGAUAAAAGUAGAACCGCAAGAGUACUUUCCCCCCAAAACUCAAGUCACAGCUCCCGCCGAGUCCAAUUCAAGUUUGUCUGUGCAGUUAAGAAGCUGGGAACAGAUGGACAAGGAAUGGUCAUUAUAUGCAAACAUGGUCAGGGAACCAUGUCUUACUGAGGAAUUGGGAUUAAAAUCACCUCCUAAAAAACUAAGAAAGCAGCUGCGCAUGCCUGGGAGUGGUUACAAGCCUGCCAACAGUGACCUGGGAAACAAGAACUCAUAUGAAAGCCCACUAGCAUUGGUCGCGUCCAAGAGUGUUGAUCCUACUCCACAAACUAAAAUAUGCCUGGACUUGCCAGUCAUGAAAGAGCAUGAAAAUCUGAGGGACUACCAAAUGAGGUUAACCAAGUCCCGUGGCACUUCUAAAGAUGUUCAAGACACAGGCUGCCCCUCUUCUCACAACUUAGCAGCAGCAGCAGCAGCAGCAGAUCCAUCUGGAUGUAUUGCAGACCUGGAGCAUAUGACCAAGACCCAACUCCAGGCCCUUGCAAGACAACACAAGUUGAAAAGAUGGUACAGUCUUAAAAAGGUGCAGCUGCAACAACUUCUCCAUCUUCGUCUGCAAGGUAAAAAUGGUGAUAUGUAACAGCAAUGUCGUAUUAUUUUGGCACAAGGAGUUUUUGCAAGGCCU